AUGACUGACCCGGGAGCGCUUUCCUCGUGGAAUCCCACAGAAGGCAUCUUUUCCCUCAAUGAUGAAGCUCCCAAACCGCGACCACGAGCGUGGGAACGCGCUCCGAAAUCUCCUGUGCUAGCUCGUCACCAUGGGCGCAAGGUGUGGAAGCGUCAUGAGGCUCCCGCCAAACCGGAAACAAAAGAAGAAUCCCAAGAUGCUGAGCAGACUCGGCAAGCACUGGGUGAUACUACUAAUACCCCAAGGCCUGUGAAGCGUUUGCGACUGAGGGAUGUGCCGAAGAUUGAGAACAAUGGAAAGGAAAAUAAAGCCGCUCAGUACCUCACUACGCUGCGUGAUAAGGAGAGUGCAGGCACUCCAAGACGCAAACAAGCGAGCAAGAAGAGCCUCAAGCCCGACAACGCGAGAGUCAAGACACAAAGUGCUGAUGGUAUUACGCCGAUGAUCGUCGAUAAUUCUAAGGAUGCCGUACAAGAUGAUACAUUGCUCGCUCGAGAAAGCCCGGCUUUGGAGGAUGUUCGUGAGCUGUUAAGCUCAGGUGAUGACGCUGCAGGUGCAGUAGAGAUUGCAGACACAAUCCCACCCAGCCAUUCGGUCAAGCUCCCAAAAGAUGAGAUAGUUGUGGAGACUGCAUGCGGAACAUCAUCCGAGACAAUCACCAAUACCGAUCAAGCCGCUUCAACAGAUGAGGUAUCUCUAGAGAAUGGAGCACUAACCGUGUCCGAGACUGCUAUCAUUGCUGGUAAAGCUAUCGAAACGGACAACGACGUUGCCAGUACGCAGGCGGUGUCUGAGGACACAGACGGCUUACUUAUAAGUUGCGAUGCAACGUCAGCAGCAAAGAUCAUUGUCCUGUCACCAUCUCAUCACGAAGAGACAGUGAAUGCCGAGGGAGCCGUGACGGUUGAUAGUGGGAGUGCUUUGUCGCCAAACGCAAAUCACUCAUCCAGCAUACUCGAGGCUUUGCCAAUUGAUAUUGCGGAUGUCUCCUCGUCGACGGUGAUGGAUUCGCCAAAAACAUUGACUGAAGGGGCGCUCGUUUUUGAACAGCCAAAUCUCGACUCAUCAUUAACGCCAAGCGUUCGUUCGAGGACGCCGAAACGUGCAAGCCCCAGGAAGAAGCCAAAUCUGAUGUCACCACACGCAGUGACAACUCCUGGCGCUACCGGCACCCCAAAACAACUGCUUCCUGCGAAACCGUUACGGGCAGAUAACCUAGGUGAAUCUCCGCAGAUAGGGACUAGUCUUCUCAGAAGAGAAAGCUUGCGACGAAAAGAAAGUCCUGGCAAGAAGAAAGAUGCACGAAAGAAUAAGACCCCAAAGAAGAGGGAUACACUACAACGCAGGGACACUUUGCAAGAAAGAGAGAUUCUGCAAAAGAUCAUCGCGGAGACCAACGCAUAUCACAGCGAUGAAAAUCUGGAUGCUCGGCCCAUCGAAGCUAGCAUUCUUCCAAGCAGCAGCUCGGCACCUGGAGCCGAAGAUAACGUAGGAGACAGCGUACAUGGUAGCCCAGAGCUCAUUCUUCGUGCGGAACAGCCUGAAAAUGACAUCGUUACCGGUGCGGAAGCCAUCUUGCCCGCUAUUGAUGAGACCAAUGUCGAGAAGGAUCUGCAUAGGGCCAUAGAAGCCACCGAGGUCUACGAGCAUCCAGGUAUCGCUGACGCAAGCCAACCCCUGCUCGACCUUACUCCGGAUGACACUCAGGGGAUGGAGGCUAUGGGGAAGGCCAAUGAAGUCCUUGCGAAAACAGAACUUGACGGCGUAUCGCAGGUAAUGGAAGCUACCAAAAAGCAGACGCCUAAUCAGAAGACGCGAUCAGGAGCCCGCUUUAGUGACGACACUAGCAUGCUCAAAGACUUCCUUAAUCGCGCACAAGCCAGGAAAGCUGCGCAGAAGCCUAUCUUAUCAGCACCAGCUGCUCCGAUACCGCAACAUUCUCCACGUCGUUCUCCACGUAAGACGCACGGAUCUCAAGAUGGCCAUGCUUCAUCGCCACAGAAGCCGCGAAAUGUCGCUCAUCGACCCGGUACUCCACCCGGCACGCCGAAGAUGGAGGCACUGGAUUCCGACGACGGUGAAGAGCUCACUGCAGAGCCUGCAUCCUGCCGACGCAGCACGAGGACUCGCCUACCUGCACCAUCCAAAGCACUUCCAGGCGCCCCAAGCUUUAUUCCCGUCAGAAGGGCAGAUGGUACUGAUCCGGUUGUAUUGCAAAAGUCACAAGCCCAGGACCUGGCCGUCAGCACGCGCGCGAACACUCGACGAAACAAAGGUCAAUCGAAGCCGCCUCUUCUAGCUCUGCAGGAUCUCCCCACGGAACGUGCAGAUCUGACAAGUACGGCCAAACAAGGAGCCGAAAAUGGGAAAUCGGUGGCGUGGGCCGAGAGACUCGCAUCUUACCAGGACGCGAAAGGUGAAGCAGAUGACGCAGAAGAGAGGCGACCGAAAGUGCGCAGAUUGAGGGGACUAGGGGCCGUGAAUGGGACGUCAGCAGCCAAGAGAACGACGGCGGUUGUGAGUACUUCGAAUGGGACACCAGCGCCUAAAGGUCGAGGAAAAGUGUGA